AUGGGCAACCUGCCGAUUGUGUGUUACGCUUCAAAGAAUAGAGGAGGAUACACCUCAUUGCCCUUGAACGAUAUUAGCAAUGUCGAGCCUCAACUUGCCACUGCAUCAGAUACCAACCAGGGGCAGGGCAAGGUUCGAAUCACCGUCCUGACGGUUACAGUCCUCGCAUUGUCAUCGCGACUGGAGCUUUACCGCCGUAUUACUAAGGCGACCGAAUGUACCACUGACAACGCUGAGGUCUUCUUGCCGUUCCUGAUCGCACUCUACGAUGCGGCCAGGUCGCAGAAGUGGAGAACUCUACAAGGCGAAAAGCAAUCCGAUCCGAGUUUCUUUGGAUUGGCUCGAAGGGUAACUGGUCCAAUCCAGAGACCCAUAUCGACAUGGAUACUACAACCAAGGACCCGUUAUCUUCUGCCACUAUUUCUGAUUGCUUCUGGCUGCUACCUGGUACAAGGCAUGUGGCACUCUUCCACUACGACUUACAUCUGCCCCAUCGUGACAGGCGAACUGAAGAUCAUUCCUCUUUUUCAAUUUCUGGCGCUGCUUCUGGACUUUCUGAUAGCCAUCAUUGUCUAUGAGACACAUCCAAAGAGUGACGGGAGUGGUCUAUCAGGUCGAAGAUGCGUGGUGCUUUGGAGUUCUUCGCUGCUCGGUGUAUCUUUCAUCUGGUCGGGUGUUGGGGCAGCGAUCUACCUUUUCAAACCUGAGUAUCGAGGCUGGCUCUUAUUGCUACGGCCAUCGCUGGAUUUUGGCACAUUUGUUGCCAUGGGUGUAUAUACCUUCUUGUUCUGUCUUCUUUUCAUUUCCACUUUACAUUGCAUAAUGAUUUAUGGCGUUCUGGACAUGUCCAUCUGCAUCACGGCUAUAAUGACGAUGAUACCCGGAUUCGAGUUUAUAUGGUCUCACAUAGCUCCUUACCCUCCAGUCUCGAAAACUGCUUCUAUCGCCUCCUUUUUCGUUGUCCUUAGUGGAUGGUGGAUGUAUCGCCGAAUACAGCAGGCAUUAGGUGAAAGAGAACCUCUUCAACGCUCGCGACAAGCGCUCGCUCUCAUCAUACUAUGUAUUCUAAUAGUCCCGGCCUGGCGCAAGAACGACAAUGUUCAUUUUCAUCCGAUUGAUGUUCUCAUUUACGACGCAAAAUUACAACACGACCGAUAUAUUAGGAGCGUCGGGAGCACGAACUCGCUCCUUGAGACAGUGGCCCGUUACCAAAAACGAUACAAACGAAACCCGCCUCCUGGCUUUGACAAGUGGUUCGAAUUCGCUAAAACCAAAUCUGCCUUUGUUGUAGAUGAGUUCGACCAGAUCUACGAGGACUUGCUACCAUUUCGGACUGUUCCACCAGAGGUUAUUCGGAAGCAGACCUGGGAGAUGGUUUCGAACCCGUGGAAUGAAAUAUCUGGGAUUACCAUUCGAAAUGGUAGUGCUGCAGUGCAAGAGAAUGUUCUGCCGACGCAUCGAUGGAUGCUUGAAGGCGUUGCCAAUCUAAUCAACAAAUUCUCCCAACAUCUGCCAGACAUGGAUCUUGCUUUCAACCUCAACGACGAAUCCAGAGUGGCAGUGCCAUUUCACGAUAUCGAAAGACUUCGUCAGCAGGGCCGCAUUGAGGACAAGAGUGGACCGCAAAGCUGGUCCCCAGAACGAGAUGCUGGCUGGCUUCCGAUCCCAGAGCAUGAUGUCAAGGAAACAGUUUUUCGCGAUAUGUCGUUUCGCAACACGUUCCGUGCAUUUGGCUCUGUGGGAUGUGAUCCUAAGUCAUUGGCACAGACUACGCCCCAUGUCUCUUCUCAAUCACAUAUAUGCCACAGCUGCACCGCUCCACAUUCUCUGGGACAGUUCGUCGCCGAUUGGAGACUAGCUGCAGACAUCUGCCACCAGCCUGACCUCGCCUAUCUCCAUGGCUUCUACCUCUCCCCAGCGGCGUUCAAGACAUCGUACCAGCUUAUGCCCGUCUUCUCACAGUCCAAGCCGCACGGCUACAACGACAUCCUCUACCCGUCGGCAUGGAACUACAUGGACAAAGUCGUCUACGCACCUUCGAAGGAUCAGGGCGCACCAGGCCAAGAAGGGUUCAGGCCAGGAUUCCCUGACCUACCUUUCUCGAAGAAAGAAACCACUCUCUUCUGGCGCGGCGCCACAUCCGAGGGUGUCUCGUCAGGCAAUCAUGCAUGGCGAGGCAUGACACGGCAACGCCUCGUGCACAUGGCCAACAACCUGACGACAUCCUCGCACGACUCCGUGACCAUUCUCCUCCCGCACGCAACAGACUCCAAAACAAAAUACAAAUACCAGACCAUCCCGGGCCUCGCGGUCAAAGCCCUUGGACUGCACACCGACAUUGCCAUCGUCGACCACAUCGCACGCUGCGGCGGCGUCGGGCUGCACGACUGCACCGACCAAGAGAAGGAAUUCCUGCCCAUCCCGCCGACCGACUUCCAAGCCCACUGGCGCUAUAAAUUCCUGUUCGACCUCGACGGCGCAGGUUUCUCAGGACGCUUCCUCCCAUUCCUGCAAUCGCAGUCCUUACCCUUCAAGACGGCACUGUUCCGCGAAUGGUACGACUCGCGGCUCACGGCGUGGCAGCACUUCGUGCCGCAGGACCUGCGCCUGCACGGCGUGUGGAGCACCCUCGCGUACUUUGCGGGCGUCAGCGGCUCGCUCUCAGCCUCCGGAGGGAAGAAAGUCAAUUGGCCCGCGCAUGUCGACGCAGCGGAGAGAAUCGCCUUGCAGGGCCGCGACUGGGCCAAUAAGGUUGUUAGGAAGGAGGACAUGGAGAUCUACUUUUUCCGCUUGCUGCUCGAGUGGGGCCGGCUCGUCGACGACCGCAGAGAUGAGUUGGGGUUUGUUGUCGCCGGUGGCGAGGCCAGGAAAGUCGGGAGUGGAAAUGGCAACGUUCCUUGA